ACAAAGACGACUAACUCAAUUUACUUAUUACUGGGGCAACUACAAGAAGCCGCCCCUGUAAAAAUAGUUUAUCAAAAAUGAAUGACAAACUGCUAGUAGAGGUCCAGGGACAAAACGGAGCCUACUAUAAAGCCUAUGUAACCGAUAUAUUUGAAGAUGAGAUUAAACUCGAGUUUGAACUUGAUUGGCAGCCAGAAAGCCGGUUCCCAUUCUCUAGAGUUCGGCUACCCCCUCCCACACCGUCCAUACCGGCCGAAUUUACCAUAGGACAAGAAAUAGAGGUUUUCUCUAGAGCUAGUGAUCAAGAAUCAUGUGGAUGGUGGAAAGCUGUUGUAAAGAUGAUCAAAGGAGAUUUCCAUGUUGUGGAAUAUCUAGGAUGGGAAACUACAUACACAGAGAUAGUCCCCUCUGAUCGGCUGAGAACCAAGAGUACGGAACCUCCCAUCACCAAUCGGACGUUCUUCUCCUUUAAGCUAGAUGUACCCCACGAACUACAGGAGUUCUCUAAAGAUGAGAAGGCAGAAGAUAUUCAUCAGGAGUUUAAGAAAGCUAUUGAUGCUUCUCUAGUUAAAUAUCUUCCAGAUCAGGGUGUUCUAUCUGUGAUUACCCGGUACGAGGGUUCUCAGAAGAGAGCUGGUAUAUUGCAGGAAAUGCAUUACCGGAAUAUAUCUCAGCGACUAAUGCUCCUAAGGAAAACAGAAGAAGCUGCGAAGUGUCUUGAAGCUACUAAACUCCAAUCUUCUACUCAGUUUACUCAGGAGUUUACAGUCAUGGAAUCCUUAAUGGGAUUAGCGAUUGGUGCACACGGACAGAAUAUCCAGCAAGCAAGGAAAGUUGAAGGAAUACUAAAUGUUGAAAUAAUAGAAGAUUCGUGUACAUUCAAGGUGGUCGGUGAGACGAAGGAGAGUGUGGAUAAGGCCAGGUUGAUGUUGGAGUACUCCGAGGAUGCUCAUCAGGUUCCCAGGAACCUUGUCGGGAAGGUUAUAGGGAAGAACGGUCGGUUUAUUCAAGAGAUCGUCGAUAAAUCUGGUGUUAUCAGAGUGAAGAUAGAAGGCGAUAAUGAACCUGAACCCUCUGUACCCAGACUUGAAGGAAAUGUACCGUUUAUAUUUGUAGGAACUAAGGACGCUAUAGAGAAUGCAAAUCUUCUUCUAGAAUAUCACAUUAGUCAUCUAAAGCAGGUUGAACAGCUGAGGCAGGAGAAGCUAGAGAUUGAUCAGCAGCUUAGAAGCGCGGUGCGCACACAAUAUCAACAUUCCAGCACACAAUCAUACGAGAACGAAUCUUCCAGGGGCUAUAGAGGAGACAGGGGGCGUGGUCGAGGACGAGGGAGGGGGCGAGGUGGAUUUGACCGGGGUGACCGGGAGGGUAGUGAGAUGAGUGAACGAGGUCGAGGAGGAUAUCGAGGUAGAUACUACAGAGGAGGGGGUAGCGGAUACAGAGGUAACAGAGGUCGGGGGGAUUUCAACAGAGAGGAGACCAGAGGACGAGGACGGGGUGCUCCGGAUAGGAAGGACGAUAAGGACAGGCGAGGAGACGACAGACGGGACGAAAGACGCGGAGAUGAUAGACGGGACGACAGACGUGGCUCUGAACCCAGAGUAGAUAGGCGGGAGAACGGGAGAGAUGAGAGACGGGAGAAUGGUCGUGAUGAAAGAUGGGAGAAUGUGAGAGAGGAGAGGCGGGAAGAAGAUAAAAGACCCGCCGGCAGCGGCGGCGGCUUGAACAAGAAGAAGGAAACGGCACCGCGGAAGUGACUUAACUCAUUUUUCCUGUACAAUUUUUCAUAUUAAUGCACGCUGUAGUAGCGGCAAACUUAUUUGUACUAGUCCUAAUUUCUUUUAUGUGUAAAUUACCCAUUUUCAAAUGAUACAUGAAGAAAAGUUAAAAUUUCCCGCACCCAACACAUCAUAUUCAUACACGGGUUUUUACUAUAGUACAUGUUGCAUACUCCCGUAUUUGCUUACUCUCUUGACUCCAUUUAAGUAUUGUUUAAAUCAAAUAUAACUGCCAUUUAUUAAAUUCUUUUAAUUCGGAGGCAAUGAAGAAAUCAUAUUCCAGUUUAAGAAAAUAUAUGUCGUGAUUUUCCUAUGUGACAUAAUUGUAAUUAUUUCAGAAAA